AUGCUGAUUGCACUCACGGAUCGCAUGCAAGCGCUCGAGGCGUCGCAAAUGAAGAUCGACGAGGACGAGCGACUGCGAGGCGCGAUCACCAGUGGCUUUUUUGCGUCAGCGCUGGGACUCGACAUUGGCGGUACGACUCUACAUCGUGACGCGCUAGGACAUGAUGCUCUGAGGCAGCCGCGUGUACGUGUUUGCGUGACGCAACCAGGUGACUCGCUAUUCCAGCAGUUUGUUCCACAGUAUGUCGGUCCGCAACAGCCAACGGGCGCUGAUCGACCACAGGCGCCGCGCUAUGCGCCAGUGUUGCCUCCAGAUUUUGAAGACAUUCAUGCGCCCGUGCCACCAAUGCAGCAGGCACCGACACAAAGGUUGCCGUUGCGUGCCCCGGACGCACACCAAUGUAAGCUUAUUAUUCGCAAGUUUGAUGGUACAGAACUGUACCAGGGUCUCGGAUCGGGUUUUGCUGACUGGAGUCGCACGUUCUUGCGCCAAGUCACUAUGGCGCAGCAGGCCCGCGGAUUUGCAUGGGCUGAAGUUGUCAAGGUUGACUUGCUGGGACACUACCUAAGUGGGACAGCAGAGCGGUACUACCAUAAACAAGUGGACGUUUGGUGGCUCGAAGAAGACUUUCUCGAUCACGCUAUGGGCCGGUUGCUACACACAUUCAAGACUACAAUCACGGCGUCGCAAAGCAUAAAACUUUUCACUGCAAGGAAAGAUCCCAAGAGACCUUGGCCUGAACACUACCUGUAUAUGGUUGCUGUAUGUGAUGCCUGCGGUGGAGGUGCAGAAGCACAAGUUCUCGACAACAUUGUCCACUAUGCGUCGGCUGAUCUUACAACAGUUUUGAUGGCCAAGUACACCAAUGACCGACACGAUCAUUUGCGCCAAGCUGAAGAGCUUGCGCAUUUUGCACAGUCUGUUGAGCUCGAAAACAAGACCGGAAGGACGUUGGGACGCGAGUUAGUCGCCGCUGUCACUGAUGAAAGACGUCGCAAGGAGACGCAUUCAUGCUACAAUUGUGGCAAACAAGGUCAUUUGAAGAUUGACUGCAGGUCAAAAAGGAACGUCAACAAGAGCGCCAAGAACGACGGCGAGGUGGUUCUUGCUGUUAAUGACGACAGCGACAAUUCGAACGACGACUGGAUACUCGACAGCGGUGCCAGUCGACACCUGGUGAACGACGAUCGCCUGCUGAUCGACUCAGAGAUUUGCAAUGUUGUAGUCUCGCUAGCUGAUAACGAGAAGGUCGGUCUGUCCAAGGUCGGUAGUGUGAGACUCUCCGUGGCUGCCAAUGGACAAGAAAAAACAGUCAAACUCACGAACGUCUACUAUUCACCGAGUCUGGCCCGCAACAUCAUCAGCUAUGGCAAGAUUGAUUAA